CAGAUUGAGCAAAGGCAUUCACGGCGUAAAACACGUGAGGCAGCGGCGGUGGUUGACGGACGCCAGCCUUAUCUUCUGAUUUACGUCUUUCCAGGUCGGUAAAGCCCCCGUUGUUGCUUUUAACUAUGGAAUCUUCUGCCCACCGCCGCUGCUGCCGUGUUACGUGUUACGUGCUCCGUUUUGUCAGUUCGGAAUCUGUCUGCUUUCGCGUUGUUUCUGUGCCAGUGUUCAAAAGUUACCACUAUGACAGAGACGUGCGGAAUCUUCGAUAAGCAACUUCGAGACGAUGGACGUGCUAUGAAGUGCUGGGAAUGCGAAAACGCCUACCAUUUAGGCGAACGUUGUGGCUGCUCAGAGACUGCAUUUAAAGGCCAGAAAGGGCACCGAUCGUGGCCAUGCACGGCGUGCCGCACAACGAAGUCAGAGACCAGCGAAAAGUGGACCUUUUGGACACCAACUAGGGUACCAGGGUAUUUGCCACUGGGCAUGUGUCGCUCUUCAGUAGGCGUCCUUGAUGUCAACUUGGGUCGACUGCGCACAGGUUCGAUAAGAAAAGCUCCGAACAGCCGCACAGCCUUUCCUCUCCACGCUCCUCGCCCAGUGCAAGUUAAAGUAGGACGAGCAGGACGACUCAAGUAGAACAAACCUCGCUCAAUGCACGCGCAA